AUGAGGCAUACAAAUGGGUGUCCUAAUGAGCCGUCUUCUCUUGGAUUGCUAGGAUCGGAAGAUGAACAAUCAUCCGCAUUAAUGGGUAGCGAAGCAAAAUUAUUGGAGAUAUGGUCUGCCUCAGAAGCUUUCAUGUUAAUGUCAAUCAUUGGCUCCUCAACUAGUACUUUGUCUUUAAAGUUAAUUUCCGAGGAGCAGGCUAGAAAGAAUUUUUCAGCGGACAGAUCCAGGGGUUUAGGAGGAAUGAGGGAGUUGCCUAUAGAACAGUACGAGCGAUACAAAAUUGAUGGCAUAGUGGUUGGGGAAAAUAUUUCAUUGGUUAAUCUCAAAUCAACAAUUGCAGCAGAAUUAAACGUUGAUGAAUCAAUUGUGUGUGUUGAAGGUGGAAAAAGGGACACAAAGGCUCUAAGCAUUGUUGAAUCGAAAAUUUGUGAUUCUUAUUACAUACCAGAAAUGGAGGUGAAAAAUUAUAUAUCAGAUACAAAUGUUUCUAAUGUGGAAGUGAAGCAAUUGUACAAGGAUAAGGCAACUCUAAUGGCUGUUAUGGAAAAAUAUAAAAUUAAGCAUAGCUUCAAUUUUAGAGUUAAGAGAUCUGAUAGCAAAAGCUACGUAUUAGUAUGUCAUUCAGAUGCUUGUUGUUGGGAAUUGAAGGAGUCCGUUAGGAAAAAUACGGACAUAUUCAAAUUGAGAUACUUCAAUAGUGAACAUACAUGUCCAUUGAGGGAUCAGGUAUUAAGUAAGGUACAAGCUACUGUUGGGUUUCUUAGUGGUGUGACAGCUCCAAAGCCUGUUGUUGUUGUUGAUGCUUCACAUCUUAGCGGAUCUUAUCGAGGGACAUUUGUAUCGGCAAGUACACUCGAUGGGGCAGAUCGAAAUGAAAGCAUAUUGAAGAGUGUAAGUAUUGUUUAUCCAAAUGUUCCUCAUUUCGCAUGCAUAUGGCACCUCUGGAAAAAUGUGUGUACAUACUACAAGAGAAGCAGAACCAUACUAAGUGAUAUUUUCUAUUCGAUGGCAAAGGCUUAUCGGAAAGAUGAUUUUGAAAAAUUAAUGGCUAAAGUGGAAAAAAUAGAUGGCAGAGUUAAGAAGUAUCUUCAAGAUGCUGGGUAUGAAAGGUGGGCUAGAUCUCAUGCAACUGUGAACAGGGGGAGGAUGAUGACUUCGAACAUAGCGGAAUGUAUCAAUGGUUGCCUUGUUGAUGCACGACAAUUACCUAUUAUAGACUUUCUGGAAGAAGUAGUUGCAUCUUCUGAAUAUAUUUUUACAGUGUAUGAAGGUGCGAUAAGAUACAUUGUAUGUCUUGAGAGAAAAACUUGUUCAUGUGGUAGAUUUCAACAUGACGAGAUACCUUGUGCGCACGCAAUGACUGUUUUGAAGAAGAAGUAUAUUAAAGAUGUACAUCCCUACUGCUCUGAUUACUAUAAACAUGAUGCAUUAACAAACACGUAUGCACUUCCAAUAGAACCAAUGCCAGACAAAAGUGAUUGGAUAGCUCCAGAAUCUGUUUUGGAAGAAGUAGUCUUGCCACCAAGAUACAAAAAAAUGCCUGGAAGGCCAAGAAAAAAAAGGAAGAAAAAUCCAGAUGAAAAGAUUACCACAAACACGAAUUGUUGUGGACAGGAAGGUCACAAUAGAAGAACAUGUACUUUCUUCCCAAAAGAUUCUUAA